AGCAUUCCUAUGGCAAUACGAACACGAUUGGAACUUUUCUUUCCUUUCGAUGGAGGGUAAGAAAGCCCAGUUAUGGUGGAAGGCAUGGCAUUCGUUUCACUAAUGGAAACAUGGAGUAUCAAUCAGUAUUUACAUAAGAAAUGUGAGCCUAAAUCAUCGAAAGCCACAGUAAAUCAUCAUGAGUGCCAUUAAACUGGUGGUGGCCGAUAUAUUGGUGUCCUUUAUAUGGAUAGUGUGGGGGGGUUUUGUGAGGGAGUUUGUGGGCUGCUCAUUACUAGUCUCACUGAGAGGCAAUGCAGAGAUGGUCAAAUUGGCACUCACAGUGGCAGCCAUGUUUGCGCUUACAUGGAUUGGGAAGUUGAGCAAUGGGGCAACCUACAAUCCCAUAACACUGCUAUUAAAUUCCUUAGGAGGCAAGCCUCAAUCCUUGUUCACACUAGCAGCUAGGAUCCUUGCUCAGGUAUUGGGAUCCUUGGUGGGAGUUAUGUGUGUUAUGAAUACUAUGCCACGCGGAAGCCAAGGUGGGCCUGUGCUGAAAGUCGGAGUGAAGAGUGGAAUGAUUACAGAGGGCAUUCUCACGUUCAUCAUUGUUAUGGUAACAUUGGUAGUGAAUAGAAGAGGACCCAAAGGCUUUUUCCUCAAGACAUGGAUACUCAGCCUUUCAAAACUCUGUCUCAGCAUAUUGGGUUCUAAUUUCACAGGCCCUGCCAUGAAUCCUGCUACUGCAUUUGGUUGGGCUUAUGCUAGAGAUCAGCAUCGAACAAAGGAGCAUGUGUAUGUGUACUGGCUAGCACCAUUGGAGGCAUGUAUUUUGGCUGUCUGGAUUUUCCAGUUACUUGUUCAAAAGAAAGGGACAAGAGAGAAAACAAAGAGAACUAAGAAAGACUAAGACAAUCAAGAAUUGCAGCAGUGGUCUAAUUCUUCUUCAUUUAUUGUCCUUGUCACUUUAGCCAUUUUUGUAUUCUAUAAACCCUGCAAAGUGCAAACAAUAGGUUUUCUUCAAAUUUUCAUAUUCAGCUAUCAUUUGGAUUCAUUACCUUUAUCAUGAUAUUAUAGUUUGCUGCAAUUCACAUAUCUAUUUUUAAGUUUGGAUCCA